UUUUGUCCCGGCUGGAGCCGGAGUCACCUUUGAGCUGCAGCACGACCAUGUGGGGGGUGGGGGGCCAGGGGGUGCUCCCGGCGCUGCUCCUGCUCCCAGGGCUCUGCGCGGGGUUCAACAUCGAUGUGGAGCACCCGCGGGUGUUCCGGGGCCCCCCCGAGUCCCAGUUCGGGUACCGGGUGCUGCAGCGGGGGGGCGACGGCGACAGGGGGCUGCUGGUGGGGGCCCCGUGGGAUGGGGACGGUCAAGGCGACGUCUACAAGUGCGGCGUGGGACCCCAAAACUCCUCCUGCGCCAAGGCCAACCUCGGGGACACAGCGCCGUGGCUCCGCGGCAGCGCCGGACACCUCGGGAUGACCCUGGUGGGCUCCAAGGACGGCGGGUUCGUGGCGUGUGCCCCGCUUUGGUCCCAGGAAUGCGGCACCUCCGUGUUCAGCUCCGGCCGCUGCGUCCGCCUGGACGAGGAGCUGCAGCUCGUGGAGACGGUCGCGCCCACGGCACAGCGUGAGUGGGGCGCUGGGACGGACUGGGAUGGACUGGGAUGGACUGGGACGGACUGGGAGGUGCCACCCGGGUGUCGCUGUGUCCCUCUACCAGGCUGCUCCACCUACAUGGACAUUGUCCUGGUGCUGGACGGCUCCAACAGCAUCUACCCCUGGGAGGAGGUGCAGGAAUUCCUCGGGAACAUCCUGGGGCGCUUCUUCAUCGGCCCCGGGCAGACCCAGGUGGGGGUGCUGCAGUACGGGGAGGAGGUGGUGCAGGAGUGGGCGCUGGGGCAGCACCCCACGGCCCAGGCCCUGCUCGAGGCCGCCCGGAACCUGACGCGGCAGGAGGGGAGGGAGACGCGCACGGCCAUGGCCAUCCAGCAGGCCUGCGCCGAGUCCUUCAGCGCCGAGCGGGGCGGGCGCUCGGGGGCCGCGCGGCUGCUGCUGGUGGUGACGGACGGGGAGUCCCACGACGGGGAGGAGCUGCCGGCGGCGCUGGCAGAGUGCGAGAAGCGCAACAUCACCCGCUACGCCAUCGCCGUCCUGGGGCACUACCUGCGGCGGCAGCAGGAUCCCGAGGAUUUCAUCCGGGAGAUCAAGUUCAUCGCCAGCGACCCCGACGAGAAGUACUUCUUCAACGUCACCGACGAGGCCGCCCUCAACGACAUCGUGGAUGCGCUGGGAGAUCGGAUCUUCAGCCUCGAAGGCACCCGUGAGGACAACGAGAGCGCCUUCGAGCUGGAGAUGUCCCAGAUCGGCUUCUCCAUCCACCUCCUCGAGGACGGGAUCCUCUUUGGAAUGGUGGGAGCCUACGACUGGGAGGGGGGCGUGCUGGAGGAGAGCAGGCGAGGGCGCAUCAUCCCACCCCGGGAAGCUUUCCAGGGGGAAUUCCCGCUGGAGCUGAAGAACCACGCAGCGUAUCUCGGUUACUCGGUGUCCUCGCUGCGGCUGCCGGGGGGGCAGCGCCUGUUGGUGGCCGGAGCCCCCCGAUUCCAGCACAAGGGCAAAGUCCUCCUCUUCCAGCUGGACCCCGCGGGCACCGUGACAGUGACCCAGACGCUGAUGGGGGAGCAGAUCGGCUCCUACUUCGGCAGCGAGGUGCUGGCCCUGGACCUGGAGGGGGACGGGGCCACCGACCUGCUGCUGGUGGCAGCGCCCACCUACCUGGGGGGCCAGAGCAGGGAGGCGGGGAAGGUCUACCUGUACCGCGUGGGGCAGGGCCGCCUGAGCCCCGCAGGGUCGCUGCACCCCGAGGUGAAGCCGCAGGACUCGCGGUUCGGCUCCGCGCUGGGCGCGGUGCCGGACCUGGGGCAGGACGGGCUGGCGGGCGCCGUGGUGGGUGCCCCGCUGGAGGACGGGCACCGCGGGGCCCUCUACGUGUUCCACGGCGCCCCGGGCACCCUCGUGCCCCGGCACAAGCAGCGCAUCGAGGCGGCGGCGCUGGGGUGGAACCUCCGCUAUUUCGGGAUCAGCGUGGACGGACGGAUGGACAUGGACGGGGACGGGCUGGUGGACGUGGCCGUGGGGGCGCAAGGGGCGGCCGUGGUGCUGCGGUCCCGCCGGAUCGUCCGGGUGUCCGUGGGGGUGUCCGUGGAGCCGGGGGCCAUCAGUGUCACCCGCAGGAACUGCCAGCGCGGCGGCUCCGGUGCCGUCUGCCUCCGCGCCCGGAUCUGCUUCCGGGCCGGGACACGCUCCCGGAGCCCCGGAGACAUGGAUAUCGAUCUCCGGUACAACGUGUCCCUGGAGGAGCGGAUCCCGGGAUCCCGCGCCGCCUUCGACUCGGGCUCCCGUCGGCUGCUCCAGCGCCGGAUCGAGCUCCCUCUGGGAAGGCAGAGCUGCAUCCGUGUCCCCUUCCACGUCCUGGACACCUCGGAUUACCUGCGGCCCCUCGGCCUCACCCUCAGCUGGGCCCUGGACGAGUCCACGGGGCCGGUGCUGGAUGAGGCGUCUCCCACCUCCCUCCGCAAGCUGAUCCCGUUUUUCAAGGACUGUGGGGAGGACGACGAGUGUGUCACCGACCUGGUGCUCCGGGCCAGUGCGGACAUCGCCGGCUCCAGGCAGAGCCCCCACGUCCUGCGGAAGGGCCGGAGGCGGAUGCUGGUGCGGGUGGAGCUGGAAAACCGGGAGGAGAACGCCUACAACGCCAGCCUGUGGCUGCGGCUCUCCGGGAAUCUCCACUUCUCCAGCCUCGUGCUCCAGGAUCCCGGCGCGGUGAAGUUGGAAUGCUCGGCGCUGGGGGGGCACCGCUGGCGCUGCAGCGUCGGGUACCCCGUGUUCCGCUCCCACGCCAAGGUAUCCUUCACCCUGGAGCUGGAGUUCAGCUGCUCCGUCCUGCUGGAUCACGCCGAGGUCACGCUCGAGGCCACCAGCGACAGCACCGAGGCCACGCCCGAGGACAACCUGGCCCGGAUUUCUGUCCCCAUCCUCUACGAGCCCGACCUGUUCCUGUCCAGUGACACCAACCUGCAGCGCUACGAGGUUCAACCCCACGGCCCCGGCCCCGAGUUCAGCACCACGGUCAGGGUGCAGAAUUUGGGGUGUUACCCCGCGCACAACCUCACCCUGCACGUGGCGCUGCCGGCGCUGGGACACGGCCGGGCCACCCUCCUGUCUGUCACCCGCGUGCUGGCCGGGGACAACGCCACCUGCACGCUGCGACCCCCCCCCGAGGGGACACGGGUGGUCCCGGUGCCCCCCGAAGACCUUCUGCGCGUGGACAGGCUGGACUGUUCCAACACGUGGUGCGAGGAGCUGAGCUGUGCCCUGGGGGGGCUGGAGCGCGGCGGGGGGGUCUCGGUUCGCCUCCUCCGCACCCUCCACAGCGGCUUCUUCAGCGGGGCCAAAUUCCGGAGCGUGCGGAUCGUGGGCAGCGCCUGGCUGGGGGUCCAGGGGGGCGUGUUGGUGCUGGGCGAGGGGGCGCAGCGCAGGGAGCUGGUGCUGGAGGUGCUCCAGGGCCGGCGCGUGCCCGUGUCCCUGUGGAUCCUGGGGGGCAGCGCCCUGGGGGGGCUCCUGCUGCUGGCGCUGCUCAGCCUCGGCCUCUGGAGGCUGGGAUUCUUCUCCCGCCCGAAGCCGCCCCAGGAGGAGGAGGAGGAGGAGGAGCAGCAGCAGCACUGAGGCCCUUCCCGAUCCUCGAGGACAUUCCCAGGAUGUCCAGGGUUCAUCCCAGGAUUCUGCUGCCCCCCCCCUUUGGCUCCAUCCCGGCGGGGGGGUGGGAUUGGGCUGGCGGGGGGAUGGAUGAGCAGGUGAGGCCGGAGCCACCCCCCACCAACCACCCAGGAUUUGGGAGGGGGGGGGACACGUGGAAGUGGGAAAAAAGCCGGGAAUGAGUCGGGAUGGACGGAGCAGCUCCAGCAAUAAAACUCCGGGCCGUGCUCCCGCUGGAUCC